AUGUCCGCAGCUCCCGCCAGCAACGGCGUGUUCGUAGUCAUCCCGCCCAGCGACGCCGGCGGCCUCCGCCCACCUCCAGCCAUCCUGCCCACCCCCUUGUGCCAGCCUCCCGGGGUGAUGCAGUUUGAGGAGCCGCCGCUGGGGGCACAGACCCCAAGGGCCACCCAGCCGUCCGACCUGUGGCCCACGGAGACGGAGACGUUCCUGACGGGAGAGCCCAAAGCUUUAGGGACCGUCCAGAUCCUCAUCGGCCUCAUCCACCUGGGCUUCGGCAGCGUGCUGCUCAUGGUCCGCCGCGGCCACGUGGGGAUGCUCUUCAUCGAAGGCGGUGUCCCCUUCUGGGGAGGAGCCUGCUUCGUCAUCUCAGGGUCCCUCUCCGUGGCAGCCGAGAAGAACCACACCAGCUGCCUCGUGAGAAGCAGCCUGGGGACAAACAUUCUCAGCGCCGUGGCGGCCUUUGCGGGGACAGCCAUUCUGCUCAUGGAUUUCGGUGUCACUAACUGGGAUGUGGGCAGGGGCUAUCUGGCCGUGCUUACCAUCUUCACCAUCCUGGAGUUCUUCAUUGCGGUCAUUGCCACCCACUUCGGGUGUCAAGCCACCCGCGCUCAAGCCAACACGCCUGUGAUUUUCCUGCCCAACGCCUUCAGCGCUGACUUCAACAUCCCCAGCCCCGCAGCCUCUCCGCCCCCCGCCUACGACAAUGUGGCAUAUGUGCCCAAGGAGUCAUCCGAGUAGAGGUCACUCCGCCGGUUGGAGUCCAGCCUGUCCCCCGUGGGCCCAGCCUUUCCCCCACCCCCACCGCGUUAAUCUGGGGGCAGCCCAUCCCCCCACCCCAUCCUCACACAUCGCGGCACCCAGGGAAGUGUUCCCCGGGGACGUCUGUCCCACACAUCUCCCUCAGUGGCUUCUUUCCUAAAAGAGCUAGUUGAUGUCAAGGGUGAGUGUCCCUCACUCAGCUCCCUGGGCCCUGUCACCCUUCUGGAACUGUCCCCAUGUGCUGCUCUGCAUUUCUCUCGGUUUCCUUGGGGGAAUCCCUGGCCUCACUGGCAGACAGGUUCAAGGCUGCCCUCGGGUCUUGGGAAGACCGUUAAGCUCAGGAGCCCAGAAUCCUCCAGAAAAGAGUCCAAGUGCUGAGGCCACACAGCUGGCCGUGGCCUGACCUCAGGCCUCCAGGCCCCAGGACCAGCUCUCUGCUUUGCAAUCAUGGCAAUGUCAUGAGCCUCAGUUUUCCCACCUGGAAACUAAUGCAUUAACUACAUGGCAUUCAAGUCCCUUCCCAGGGCUCCCUGAAGUCCUGGUCUAAGUCAGGCGAUGUCCCCCCACGCCCCCUGGAGAAGCUCAUUUUCCUUAUGUAUUAAAUGGAGUCAGGUUUGGGGAGGGUGCAGGGGAGGGCUGAGGCCAGCCCACUGCACCCCAGUCAGCAUCCACAGGUGCACAGCCAUGGCAGCCCCUCCCCCCCCCCCCCCCCGGGGACCAGAGCUUCCCCUGAAGGUCACUGUGAGCUGAGCUGGGGUCUGAGGCAAAGGACACACCCCUACCAGAUGUCAGAGGUCCUGGUGGGUGGCUCGUCUCAUCCAUACCACAGAGGGAAAUAAACAGUGUG